CAAGCCAUAUUUUUUGCCUGAGCGUGGGGAGCCGCAAAGGGCCGGCCUCAAUCCAGGUCUGGGACCGCCAACGCCCCGCUGUUCUCGCUCCUCUCUCCAUCCGCUGCAUUCACCCCCCGUCCGUCUGCUGUACUUGCCGGCCGACGACACCGAACGAACACCGAACGGACACCGAACGAACAUCCGGCCGCACAGCGACAGCAUCCCCUUCGCCAUGCAUCCCGGACGCCACCCCCGAUCUGCCUCCGAGAUUUCCUUCGAAGUGCCCAAGAGGGACAGCUGUGUCCCAGCCGACGAUCGCUCCGAGGUCUUUUCACCCAUCCAUACCUUUGGCAUCGAUUACGCCGCCAUAGAGAAAUGCAUCCUCGAUUACUGCCCGACGCCGCCUUGGACCCAGAUGGACCACAAAGCGUCCGAGAGCACUUACUGCGUCCCCGUCGACGGCGAUUUGGCUCUCAAGAAAAGCCCAUCUUGGGCUGGCCUCAAGAACCGAGCGAGCCGGACCUCAAAUGCGCCAAAAAACAGAUUCACCUUCUAUUCCGAGACAACAAAUAUCCUCAAGGCCGGCUCGUUCGGCGCCCUGCCUCUCGGGCAGUUCGGCGGCUCCAUCAAGGAGUUUCUGAGCACCAAGCCCUUCUGGUUGGAUAUCUGCGACGUCAGCGAUGUUGAAAUGGAUCAGUUGAGCCAGCUCUUUGGCAUCCACCCCCUGACCGCUGAGGAUAUUCUUGCGCAAGAGACCCUCGAAAAAUGCGACACCUUCCCGAACUACUACUUUGUGUGCAUUCGGACAUUUAGUGAGGACUACAGCAGCCCAAAGUUCUUCAAGGCAUUGAAUGUCUACAUGGUCGUCUUCAAAAACUGUGUUCUUUCGUUUCAUUCUCUGGAGACAUCCCAUCACAACAACGUGCUCCAGCGCAUUGCUCAUCUCAAAGCUCACCAAGUCACCGUCUCGCCGGAUUGGAUCAACUACGGCAUCAUCGACGACAUCAUCGACUCGUUCUCCCCCUUGAUCGAAGGCAUCGAGGACGAAACCGAAGCCAUCGACGAUCUCGUGCUGAUAUUGAAGGCGAGCGAGCAAAGCGACAUGUUGCGGAGAAUCGGGGAGGCCCGACGCAAAACCCUGCAGGUUGUGAAGUUGUUGCAGUCCAAGGCCGAUUUGCUGAAAGCUCUCAUCAAGCGGGCCUCAACAGUGAUAUCCGCGGACAGCAGCAUUGUGCUCUAUCUUGGUGAUAUUCACGAUCACAUUGCCGCUAUGCAGCACAAUCUGUCGUAUCACGAAACCACCCUGUCAACCUGCCACUCGAACUAUCUUGCUCAGAUCAGUAUCGAAAUCACACAGUCGGCCAACCGAACAAAUGACUCCACAAUGAACCUCACCCUCCUGGCCAGUAUUCUCGUUCCUCUGAACAUUAUCACAGGUCUUUGGGGCAUGAAUGUCAGGGUCCCGGGUGGCGAAGAAGAGGGCCUCACAUGGUUCUACGGAAUCGUCGGGAGCAUGGUCGCGAUUGUCCUUAUCUGUUUCUUUGUCUUCCGGAAGCUAAUAUAGUCGGCUGUGCCCCAA